AGCCCGACAAGUUGCUGGCGCAUCGUUUCGACGUCGGGCUCUUCACUAAGAGCUGCAAGCUCCAGGACAGGUACGUGGUCGGGCCCCAGCUGAUUCGCGCGCUGGGAGCUCGGGCGCGCCGGCUCGCGCAGGCGUGCCCCGACAUCGAGAGGACCGACGAGGUUUCCGAGGGCGGCAAGCUCGACGGCUGGCAGCGCGUCUUUGAGUUUCUCCUCUCGAAGCGCGACCUGUCCAACGUGAACGAGAUGGGGAACUCAGCGGAGAAGUUCUUCAACCAGCUGCAGCGGGAGGCCGGGGAGGGCUUCCCGGACUGGACGGCGUGCUGGGAGGCGCACGGGCGGGAUCUGCUGGCGCAGCUGAAAGCGGUGGACAGCGCUGUGACCGAGGUCAUCGCGGGACCGCUGCGGACGUGGCGGCACUUGCGGCGAUCGCGGCUGUCACCAGUUGCACUCGGCGAGAUCACCGCCACGGCGGGCGGCGACUACGACUUCGACAGGAAGAAGGACAGGCGCGCGGGCUUCUACGGCGAGGCCGGCGACAACGACGGCGACCACAACGACGGUGACCAGUCCGAGCUCGCGGACAUCGCAGAUCGGCUGGUGAACCUGGCCGACGAGGACGACGCGAUGGUGCUAGACGACCUGGAAGAGACCCAAGAGGACGAGAACGGCAUCUAUGCGGAGUUCAAGCAGAUGGGAAGGAACUUCAAGGACGCGAGGGACGUCAUCAGGCGCCUGAAGGUGGCGCUGGACUACUACCCUGUUCUGGCCCCUCGGUCCCCCGACGGACCUCCCCGUCCUCGAGCGGCCCGGGGCCAGCAGCGCAAGCCACGUGCUGACGGUGAGAAGGAGUCUGCGCGUGACACGCGCAGGACGAGGUGCCUGGCCUGCCGCAUGUUCGGCCAGCAGGCCGAGGACUGCCCGGAGAUGAAUAAGUCGCGCGGCCGACCCCAGCCCAACGAGACCACCUCCUUCGCGCUCCUCGAGCUCGGGGAGCUGGUCCUCCUCUUGGACGACGAGACUGGCAUCUGGGCGAUCCUGGACUGCGGCGCUACUCGGAGCCUGAUCGGGGCCACGAUGGCGGAAAACCUGGCCUACGACAUGAAGGGGAAGUACGACAUCAGCUUCGACUUGGCGGAGCUGACGCGGUAUUUCGCCGUCGGCAAGAUCGAGAUCUCCAUCAUGGACAACGCGGUGCCGCUGCUGAUCGGGGCGGACAUUCUCGGUCCGAACUACGCCAGGGCCCUGAUCGAUUUCGGAAAUGGCUCCUUGAUGUUACCGAAGAUCUCAAGUAACAUCUCCCAGUGCAGGAAGAUGCCUAGCGGGCACCUGGCGAGCAACGCGGCGACUCCGACGCGGCGGCAGCGCGCCCCUCGUCGGGCCCCGACCAGCGCCGAGCUGCACAGCGAGAAGGCCCCGGUGAAUGUCAGCGACCUGCCCGCGGCCAAGGUCGAGACCGAGCUGACGGGCUCGGCGGAGCUUCUGUCGGACGCG